AUGUACGAUAACCCCGUGUCAACUGAAGUUGAGGACUUGUUUGCGUGCUUCGAAAACUUCAAUGCACUUACCGAUUUCGAAACGCAGAUACAAGCUCUCUAUGACAACGACAUUGACAUGAACAUUGAUGCCCAUUACCCAAGUUUAAACGAAUGGGACGAUAUGCCUAUAUUUAACACCCGCCCUUUUCCUGUUAGUUCACCCGAAGCAAACUCGAUCUCAACAGUCGGCUCUCCAAAUUCGUAUUGUGACGAUAAUAUAUCGCUGCCUACUCUAUCCCCAGCGCCAACAACGGUGAACGAUACUUUUCCAGAGUUUCAAUAUUCUACAGUGGAAGAACCAUAUGAUCAGCAGUCGCAAAUAAAAUCUGAAUUGGGAGUACCAGCAGUGGUUGAGAAUGUAAAGAAACGCCAGAAUGUGGAGGAUGAUUCUCUCCUGGCUGAUGAUAAUGACGACGACGAAAAUACGAAAAAGAAGCGGAGAGCCUCGAUGAAUACAAAGUAUAAGAAAUCGAAUAUUUCGCCUAAAGUGACGAAGAAGAAGCAAUAUUAUAAGAAUGAUGACAAUAACGCGGCAAUGCCAUUUGUGGAUGGCAUGCAAGUUCCUCUCUGCGUCGACGGACCAGCCGUAAUGCCUAAUGUACAGAGUAUUGUUGUACCGAACUCUCCAGUAUCUGGAAUUCCUCCCAACUACAAUGCAAAUGCUUUGCUGGGGCUUGGACAAGGGGUAUGGUCAGGCGAUGUCUCUCCACAGCCGACUGGCUUUGUUCCUAUCUUCAACAAUGAUGGGCCUAGUGGUGUCCCUGAUAUGCCGGCUCAAUUCAACAUAUCCCUGCUUGGUGGGAAAGUACCAAUACAAAGAAUAAAGACAUCUGCAUCACAGCCCCUCGCGAAUGCAACAAAUCAGCCAACCAAACAACAGAAGAAGAUCGCUCAUAAUGCUAUAGAACGUCGCUACAGAAAUAAUAUCAAUGAUCGGAUUAACGAGCUAAAGAAUGUAGUUCCAGCCCUCAAUUAUCAAAAAAAUAAGGAUAAUAAAGAUGAUGAGGAAGAGGAUGAAGAGGAAAUAGAUGGGAUUCCAGCUGCUACUAAACUGAACAAGGCUACUAUAUUGAAAAAGGCUACUGAGUAUAUUAUACAUUUGAGAAAGAUCAACCAGAAUUUCAAAGAGGAAAACGAGAAUUUGAAGAGGAUUCUGGAAGCCUUUCCCGGCGCCGCUGACCUCUAUCAAGAAUAUAUCGACAAUCGACAUCCUAGUAAUCCUCUGACACCAGAAGAUAUAUCUUCAUCUGCUUCGGAUCCACCAACACCACCAACUUCGUCAGGCGUCGGUGCAGGGACCCGCAUGCUUAUGGCUAUCUUCAUGUGCAUGACAUUCUUUUCGCCACCGUCCGACUAUGGUCAACCUGAUCAUACGUCUAUGGUGCAUCAUCAUCACGAGGCACGUGUCUCAAGUGCACAUCCGAAUGGCAUGCCCAACAUUCCCAAGGCUAAUUCAGGCUUUUUUGGUGAUGGUACAAUAACCAUCGAUAUAUGGUAUUUAAUACGCGGCAUUACAUUUAUUAUGUUGAUGAUAUAUAUCCUACGGCCGUCAUUCCUUAACAAGUCUCGUCGAGUACAAAAACCCAAACAACAUAUAGCUUCCGUCUUGGCGGCAAAAAACAAAGACGUCAGAACACAAUUUGCUGCUGUUACCGAACUCACCUCUUAUGCCCCGAACAAUUCGAUGGAAAUUCUUUUCGGAAUAACAGUUGAAUCAUUCAAGUUUUUUAUAAGACGCAUUCUAGGAUGGGAUAUUACUGUUAGCCAAGAUAACGAAGAGAAAUUGUGGGAAGUCGCUUUGUGGAACAGACAGGGCGAAGUAGAAUUGAGUGGAGGCAAUGACAAGGUUUCCCGUUUUUCUGUCCUUUACGUAUGUCUACGUACUAUCAAUCUCUUCGAGACUACCUGCAUAACCAGGAAGUGCAUCCUCGCAAGUCCAUCCCGUAUAUAUAUCAACGCUGCAUUACAGAGUUAUAUCGGACUUCAGUCCAUGCCGUUCAUUGCUCAAAAGGUAGCAGCGCACUUUUGGGGACGUGCAAUCAAGGAACAGGGACGUGAUGGUCAUGAAGAUAAGUGGACGGAAAUUGCUUUGACAACCAAGCAAGGAAGCAAUCUCUGGAAAGAUGCUGCGAAUCGCGUUUUCGAACAGGCCUUCAAACCACAAAACAUAACCGACGAUAUUACCAGAAGUGCGACCAUUCCCCUUACCCGAAUCUCAGAUGCUCAAUCUCUGGCUCAUCUCAAAGAUGCCUACCUCAAAUUCAUCUCGCAAAACUAUGGAAAGAAGAAACCUCGAAAGAGCAAAGACAUUUUCGCUGAUAUACUUAGUGUUACAACACAUGCUUCCUCGACGCACUGGUAUGCGUUUGUUGGUAGUACAAUCGUUGCCUUCUUGAACGGAGGUAAGCCGAUUGAUGACAAAUUGAUCAAUCAAUUAAAGGAGAAAUUUCCCAAAAGCGAAAAUACCAAUACGCAAAUAUUAGCAAGAGGGUUACUUUCUCAUGCUUUUUUAAUGUAUGGAAAGAUUGAGGCAUCAGUUAGAUGUGCGGAAAAGGCAGCAAUUGCUGUGAAACGUCGAAAGGAAGAACUCUUAGAUGACAUGGCUGUAGACGAAGAGUCUGAAAUUAGUGAAUUGGAAAAAAAAGUUCAUGAUUUGGCGGAAUUCUGCGUUGGUUGGAUUGUGUUGGAAGCAAGAGUGUUAGGAUGGAAAGCAAUUGAGAAUCUGUCCAAGGAUAAUAAGUCGUUAAAGUUACCAGAAGUGCUUGAUCCUGAAAUUUGCCUAAAACCAGCGGUUUACGAAUGGUUAUUAUAUAUGCGUAGAUUAGUGAAUGUGGAUACAUUUCUUGGUGUUGCGGAGGAGGUGCGCGAAGAAUCUCUAAAAAGGUUGCACGCUUUGACUAGAUUAAUAGGUGAAGUCGAUGAGGAAGAUGAUUCAGGUUAUGAAGGCGAACAAGAGAAGGAGAAUGAGGAUAAUAAAAAUGCUGAUAACAAGGCAGUGCGUGCAUGGUCUAUUUUGAAAGGCACGUAA